AUGGAGGAACCUUUACCCGGGAUCACUCCUAUCAAUUGUUAUAAUGUCGAGAAAGGUAAACUAAGUGCAUCGGUGAAAUGGUUAAUUGGACGUGUUUACGGAAGUAUGGCUCCUGACCUUUUAGUAAAACCGAUCAAAGAGAACAGCAAUAAUACUUUCCAGUUGGAAGCAGCCGUAGUGACGGGUUUAACCAAUGCAUCAUUAUACAGUAAUGCUGCUGCUAAAAUACUCAAGGAUCAAAGUCUUCUUAAUAAGCCGCAUAAUGUUAUACUUCGAGCUUUGACAAAUCAUUCCAUUCCAAUCACAUUAUCCGGCGAAGAAGCAAAUAUCAACGAGGCGAUGCUGUCAACCGUUGAACCUUUUCAUCAGGCUGCCCAUCUGGCGGUUAUGGAUUCCUUGAUGAUUGCGCAUAUGCGAUCCAUUAUUACGAUUGAUAAAGUGGUAGAAGCCGUACAGAAUUACACGACGGUUGAUAAACGAGAAGAGCCAAUGGACAGCGUUGAUGCGUUGCUAUUUUGGAUCAAUAAAAUUUGUUUGCUGGUACGAGAUGAUAUGGAAAAAUUUACGAUGAUGAAUAAAAAUCCUAGAGAACAGUAUGGAUCAAUGGUAGUACCCGAAAUGGAGGAUCUCUAUGAGGAUAUGUGCGAUGGCGCCUGUAUUUGCGCACUUGUUGGAUUUUAUCGACCUAAUGAAAUGAUCCUACGAGACAUAUGUUUCAACGAUCCAAUGAGCCUUGCCGAUUGCCAGUACAACUUAAUGCUUCUUAAAAAGUUCUGUUCCCGUUUACCAUGGAAUCCAUUUCAUUUCGAAAUCGAAGAUAUCCUAUAUCUUCAUGAAAGUUUACAGCCAAACAUAAACGCUUUUUUAGCCGAUCUUUUCCAGCUUUUCGAAGGAGAUGGCGUAAGAAACGUUACUAGUCCUAUAGAGGCAUCGCCUGCACGUGCAAGAUGUUUUGUACCGGUAAAUGGCAUACCUGAUUUACGAUCUCAAACUGCUCCUAGUAAAGCACUUAAUCAGUUUAGAUCUCGUUUUCAACCUGAAAUGUCACGAACAAUUUCUGCGAUAUCUUCGGACUCAUUGAUGACCAGUCGCUCGGGUGAACCAAUGAAACAUCAUUAUCAGAAGAAUUUUACUGGUUAUAAAACCAGCUUUGGUGAACUGACACAAUUUGGUGAUCGUACUGGUGUUACAAGUAGUUUUUCGCAAGGAGGGACAUAUCUUCGCAGUGAUUCAAUGCCAGCUGCAAGCAUACGUUUGGCAUUAGAGGAAAAACGUCGUGAACAUGAAAAAAGGCGUUAUUUGGAAACGAAUCAGAGUGAAUCGGAGCGCGCACAGAAACAAAAGGAUGCAUUCUUCACGCUUAUGCAGCGUCUGGAAAAAGGUUCCGAUGCACGAUCACGUGCAGCAAGUGAAAUAGGUAGUUCUCAAGCGCAACAGUCAGAAGAGUUGUCUUUCUUGAAGGAAACUGUACAAGAUUUGAAGAAACGACUUCAAGAGAUGUCUGUGCAGCAGGAGCACCUGAGCCGCCAGGUUGACGAACAACGUCAAAUGACACAUGCCAUUUCUCAACCUGCUAUCCAUACAGAGUUUGGUUUGAUUAAUGAACAAAAUCAUAUGCUUAACGGUUCUUAUGCAACCUUACCACAUAAUGCUCUAAAGUCGAUGCACCAAACACAGCAGCAUACUUACGCGACACCUUUUAUGGCCUCUUUAGAACCACAGUUGUUCGGACAGUCUUCGCUUCAUUCACCGGAUCAAAAUCAGUCGUUUCCUACGCAUACACUGCAGAUGCCUCUGAACGGAUACUCCAAUCAUUCGGACUAUCAAUCGACAAUGCCUGUUUAUGCAUCUCAUGUUGUUUCCGGUUCUCAGCUACCAACACCACAGUAUCAACUGAAUCUGGAUGGUAGCUAUGUUUUACAUCCACAGGAUACUGGUGCUCAUCCUGUUGUUGGCUCACCAUUUAUACUUAAUAAUGCUGUCGCUAAUUCCACUGCGGUUGCGAACAAUACAUUUCGACUUCAUCGAAAUGAUGCAUCGUCGAGUCGUCUGGAUCCAUCGCUUGAGAUAAAUCGUAAUUUGACGAACUGGGGACUCACUUAUAAAGCUGGGCAAACGAUGCGGCCACAAAGGCGUACUUGGGAGAAUAAAACGUUUGCGAAAAGUGAAAUGGAUUUAUCGAAUCAACCUGAGCUUCUGCCAGGAGUUCCUUCACUGCUGCAGAACCAAUUGGCAGAACCGUCUGAAAGUGUAAAUGGUGUCAAAGUGCUGGAAUGCGUAUCCUUACAUCAAAGAGAAGCUAAUGUGCCUCAGAAUCUUCAACAAACUGAUUUCGAUCCUUAUAUCAAGCAGAAGGAGAAUGAUAAACCAGGACAUCAACAGAGUCCACCGAAAGAUCCUAUUUCAUCCACAAAUGCCGAUGCACCUCCUCCACCUGUGAAUCGAAAGCUUUCGUCUACGCGUGCCUCACAGUUCAUUGUUGAUGAUGCAGCUGAUAAACCUGUUAUCAACGUGACUCCUGAAAUGGAAGCAAAACGUGAAGCGUUGUUAGCGAAAACCUUACGACGUCGUGAACAAAUCGAGCAAAAAGUAGGAGAAAUUGAAGCUAAAAAUGCCGAACGUAGGCAAGCUGAACUGGAAAGACAGGAAGCUGCUGAACAACGGAAACGUGAACGCGAAUUGCAAAGGCAAAGAAUAUUAGAUGACUACAAGCGUAAAAAGAUGGAAAAAGAGCUGGAAAAUAAUGAUCUACCCAGUAGUCGAGGAUAUAGCCAACCGCCCUUAGUACCACGACCAAAAAGCACGAUGGAAGGAACGAAUCUACGAACGAAACGUCAAGGUCGAUCACAGAGUAGCUUUGAAGAGAGCAGUGCGCCGUCGUCAGCUCGUAUUCCUGUACCAAGUACUGCUGAACCAACACUGAAACUCUUCUCGAAAUAUGUCCAUAAAUCGAAUCGAUCAAUGAUUAUAAAUGCUUUGCAAUAUUCGGUGUUUCCCGGAAGUGUUUGGGAUAAACAGCGUGCUGAAGUACUUGGUGAACUAGCAAAAAGUGACAGUAAACACUUUCUUUUGCUGUUCCGGGAUCAAAAAUGUCGCUAUUUAGGCGCAUAUAGUUGGGAUCAACAAUCAGAUGCCGCUCAUCGUAUUCAUGGAAGAGGCCCUAAUAUUUGUCAUGAAUCGAUGAUGCAUCUUAUGUUCAAAUAUGAUUCGGGUGCAAAGAAAUUUUCGCAAAUACCAACAAAGCAUCUUUCGGCAACAAUUGAUGGUUUCACAUUACAAGAUCAAUAUAUGCAGGGUCCGAAAAUUCCACAUAGUAACAGUAUUAACAGGUAGUCUUCUGGAUAACGCAGAACCGCUCUUCUAUUUUUCAUCAUUAUCGAAAUGAAACAUAUAGUACAUGUGAUGACUUGAUAGAACAAAUUUCGUGAUGAAUAAGAAAUUAUUGCUAUUGGAAUGUUAUUUACAAAUACUUGUAUUCAUAUUCAUUUCUUUCUUUCUUUUUCAUUCUUCCUUUCCAUCAUUAAUUGAUAUAAUUUAUCCAUGUUUGUGGAUUAGUUUAGUGAUAUGGAUUUUGAUGCUUAGAAUGAUUUAUUCACUUAAUCUCUUUUUUUUCGCAUUCUGAUUUAUUUCAAAAUUUAGUCUUGUAUAAAAAUGUUAUCAUAGCUUAUGUGUUGGACGUGCUAGAGGAUUGUGCAGUUUCU